AUUGUGAAAUCUUCACCGGAAGUCUGCGCUUAUUGAAGCCCAUUGCUCUCGAUGCUGGUCAGGUCGACGGAGGCUGCCGUGGAAACGACACGACACACUGCCACUCAUUCCACGCAGGGAGGCUGAUUGUUCUCCUCAAAGGCUCCACCUUGUUAUCCCCCCAUCCUUCCAAAACACGGACGAUGUGAAAUGAGCCGCGUGGAAGGGCCGGAGGACAUCUCGAGGCUUCUGAACGAGUGAAGAAGCGCGGCGAGAAAGGAGCAUCAUGCCGCUGGUGAAGAGGAACAUAGAGCCCCGGCACCUAUGUCGCGGGGCACUGCCAGACGGCGUGACCAGCGAGCUGGAGUGCGUCACCAACAGCACGCUGGCAGCAAUCAUCAAACAGCUGGGCGGCUUGAGCCGCCAUGCCGAGGAUAUUUUCGGAGAGCUGUUCAACGAAGCCAACAGCUUCUACUUAAGGAUGAGCAGCUUGCAGGAGCGUGUGGACCAGUUGGCGGUGAAGGUCACUCAGCUCGACUCCACCGUGGAGGAAGUUUCCCUGCAGGACAUUAACAUGAGAAAGGCAUUUAAGAGCAGUACCAUCCAGGACCAGCAGGUGGUGUCCAGGACGUCCGUGCCCAACCCUGUGGUGGAGAUGUACCAUCGCUGUGACAAACCUCCCCCGCUCAACAUCCUCAGCCCCUACAGGGAUGACAAGAAGGACGCUCUCAAGUUCUACACAGACCCAUCAUACUUCUUCAACCUGUGGAAGGAGAAGAUGCUGCAGGCCACCGAAGACAAACGCAAGGAGAAGAGGCGCCAAAAGGGCUGUCCGGCCCAUCCCGACAGACCCCACUCCAGACAGGCCCCACCCAGGAGUCCCCUGUCCAUAUCUGAGCAGCAGAAGCAGGUGGAUGACCCGAGCCGAGAGGUCAAGAAGGUGCGUAAGGCUCGUAACCGGCGUCAGGAGUGGAACGUGCUCGCCUAUGACAAGGAGUUCAGACCCGACGCCAGGCUGACCCCCUCGCCGUACCAUGGCAUGUCUCCUGAGGGCUCCUUGUCACCUGACAGCAGGUCAAUGGCAUCCGACUCUUACCCCGCCAGUCCCAACCACCCAGCUACCCAGACUCCCAACGCGGGCCACCCUGGCGACCACCUUGGCCCGGCCGCUCAGACCCAGUCACUGGAUCGCGGGCUCAGGCCGGCCAACCAGCCCUCUGGAGCGGGAGGAACCGCCGCCGGUGGGCGCCACGUGGCUUCUCUGGGCAGGACCCCAUCAGGUCACGCUAACCAGGCUGCGGGAGAUCUGACCGUCAACGGACCGAGGCAGCAGUCAAUCAAGGAUUACCGGGCAGGCCACGGUGGCCAGCCUACCACCAUUCCAGAGUACUACAUCCCACCUGCACCACCCCCUCCUCCACCAAGCAUCCCCUCAGCCCAGACGGCCUUUGACCACACCCCGGGCCCACCCUCCGCCGUCCCACCCACCUCCUCUGCCCUAUCCCGUCCCUACUCCCCCUCUCCUCCUCCUCCUCCCGUCAACUACGUACCCUCCCCUGCCCACCCACCUUCAGGGAUCCCGCCGGCCGCCCCACCGCCUCCCCCACCCGGGGGCCUCUUGGGCCACCAGGUUCACCUUUCCCCUACGCACGCCGCCGUCGGGCAGGCAGGAGUGGACGCCGCGCCCCCCACAAGGAAGGGCACCAUGCUGGGGAUGAUGCCCAUGAGCGAUGCACGCUCCGACCUGCUGGCUGCCAUACGUAGAGGCAUCCAGCUGAGAAAGGUGCAGGAGCAGCGGGAGCAGGAAGCCAAGCGGGAGCCCGUUGGCAACGACGUGGCCACCAUCUUGUCGCGUCGCAUCGCCGUGGAAUACAGCGAGUCUGAUGACGACUCCGAGCUCGAUGAGAACGAGUGGUCCGACUAAGGAGGUUUUGGGUGUGAUACGGAAAUGUGGUGGAGACACAUUUUCAAGUUUAUUGCGACAAAAAUGUAAUUUUGAUUAUUUUAUCACGACUCUUGGGAUGCGUCUAAACAACCAGCAGAGUUCGGCACAUGACACACAAUUUCAACAAAACAAAUAGACGCAUCCCCCCUUACAUCCUAAUUGAUAAUAUUCCAGGCCUCUUGCUGCACAUAGCCCCUGUUGAGUGAGGGGGUGUUGUGUUGAGUCAACACAUGGCCCAGCAACAACAGUUAUUAGUGUGCAAUCCUAAUAUUUAUUUUUCUUUAUGAAAACUAGCCAAGAGCUUAAAUUACUUUCAGUGCUCAACAAGUGCACCUUUCUUGGAUCAAAACUACACUCGUGGGAGUUUCACCCAUUGAACACGUUAAUGCCAACUGGUUUGGUAGUAGAGGAAGCUAUCCAGUAUUAGGUAGAUACUGGAAAUGUUGCUAUUCAUCUGAUACCAUGUAAAUACCGGGCUAGCAUUGCUUAUACUAAUACUUUUUACUUGAAAAUAUUUUUGGGGAUUUGGCCUUUGUUUUUUUGAUCAUGAUUAUAAUAACACAAACAAUGAAAAUUAGUUUUUUCGGCAACAAAUGUCAACAAUUUAACAACAUAUAAAAAAAACGUAACCAUAUCAACAAAAGACGACAAUUAUCUACUUUGUUUUACUUCUUUAGGCAAAAUAACUGAAAAAAAAAAAAGCUACUUUGCCCUCAUAGUUCUCCUGCAAGGAUUCCCUGACCUAUUUGUGCAGCUUUGUAAAUCUAUACAAUUCGAACAACACUGUAAAAACACAUUUUUGGAAGAAUAUUGAUAUUGUUGCGCCAAUAUCAUUCUGAUACUAAUACGGCCUUUUGUAUUGGAAUUUGAAUCGAUCCACCCAGCAACUAUACAGCUUGUGUUAAUUGUUAAUAAAUUUUCGGAGGCUCGCCAUCACGACUCUGGCAGGUGAACCAUUACAUGUUAUGUAGACCACAAUGAAAUGUUUAAAAUGGAGAAAAAAAUAUCACUUCUUUAAUGCGCCCUAUAAUCUGGUGCACCUUUUGUAUAAAAGUAAACCUAAAAAAGCCUGCUCAUGGGCAGUGCACCUUAUAAUCCAGUGCGCCCUGUGGUCCGGAAAAUACGGUAGUGUGCGUACGUUAAAACUUGCAUCACUUUCAUUUCAUUAGUUUACAGGCAGAUCUGCCACACCCAGUAUAACACGUAUCACAGCAUCUUGCUCAUAUAUAUAUAUAUAUAUAUAUAUAUAUAUAUAUAUCGUUACGACAUAUCCAAUGUAUCAGUGCUUUUUUUGUUGCCGUAUUGGAUGACAGGAAUGUUGCUGCAUCAAUAACGAAUAAUCUUCCUUUAAAAACACAAAUAAUUGCACAAUUGGAUGUGUUGUGACUUGUUUUAAUAUUGGGCUUCAUGUGGCCUUACUGUCUCGAGAGAUGGGUUGUGAAAGUCAGAACUUAUUCCUUAAUGAUAUUUAAAUUAACCUCUCACAUUGUGCUCAGGACACACUAAGGUACUAUAAAAAUGGAGCAGUUAAAAGGAUUAAAGACAAUAUAAAAUUAAAUGAAAAUAACUCCUUAGUUGUAUUCCUGUGGUUGUUUUGCAGUCAUUGCUACAGUCUUAAAAUAUCUUAUGGGUUAGUCUUCUCAUGCAUUUUGUAAUAGUGCACCUGACCAAUGACGUCUUUAGCAUUCAUUAACAGUCAAUGAUCUUGAUCCUUAAUGAUGGACGUGACAAUCAAGUGGUCAGUACCAAAAGAGCAGCUGACAUUGGUGGGGUUAUCCCCUCUCUGAUUGUUUUACUUUGUUCUUUUCCCUUCCCUUCUCUUCUCUGUGGCUCAAUGCCUCCUUGGUAAAACAAUUAAAUGAAUAGAACUCCAAAAGUAACUUACAAGCAAUGUUAUUCUUCCACACUCGUGCUGCAUGUGGCGUGUAUUCCUCCGCCAGCAUGCUGUGGAUAGUUCCCAAGCAAAUUUCUUGUUCACCGACCAAAAUUAAGUUUAUUUGUUUUUGGGAGUGGUACCACAGAUCAUCAUAAACCAAGAACCACCUGCAAAUGGAGAAACGUGUCCAUGGGUGUGAACAUGAUAGUUGUCUAUAUGUGAGCUCAGUGUAACCUUCGAGCCUAAUGAGAAGCAGCAGAAAAAGCUUUGUUAUAGCAUUUGUUUUAACUUGAUCAGUGGGCCAAACUCCCAUGAUAUCAACAUUUUGUAUUUGUUAUCAUACCUUACGAAUACAAAAACGGCUCUUAUGAGAGCCAGCGUAGACGUUAUUAAUGUGACUUUUUACUCUCUUCAGAGCCAGUGACUGUGUGCUGUGGUGUUGCUCUUCUGUAAAUUACAAGUUGUGGGUCAAAAGGUCCUGGAUCAGCGCCGCACAGGCUCUGUUUUAGGACAGCUAUAAAUACAUGUGUUAGAGCAGCAGCAAAUAACCGGCAUUAUUAUUGUCAGCUUGGGAUUGGCUGGUCGCAGUGUGAGAACACGUUAUGUAGUUUUAUUUAAUUUUUUUUUUAAAAAGUGCUGCAGUGACUCGUUUGCUUUGAUUUAUUGCAGGAUUAUUUUCAGGUUGUAACAUAAAAUGCAUUUUAGUUGAGUCGUUUGCCAAAAUCCUCACCUAUUUAACGAGCAGUUGUGGUGAAUCAUUGUCGAAUCUCUAACAAAAAAACAAAAAAAAAGCUAGAAAUGUAUCGCUAUGAUUUUGAUGAGUAUAUAUUUGGGCCGCAAACAAAAUGUCAAUAUUGAUUGACAUCCCUGUGAUCGUGAGCGUGAUUUUCUUAUGUUGAGUCUUUCCCUCCGUCCACUGUCACUCCCAUGAAGAGCUGAUGGAACAUUGGAUUGAGGCGCUAAGGAGUCUGACCCAGCCUUAAUCUUAAUUAAACUAUUUAAAACAUAAGCACAUGUUCUAACAUGGAACUAUAAAGAUGAAUAUAUUUGAAAUCAUUGUGGCCCCUGACUAAAACAUUACACAGCUUUACAUUUCGGCAAAUAAACUACCCACAAAAAAGACGUUUGGGUGAACUUACAUGCAAUAUUACUACCAUUUACAAGUCAACUUUUCAAUGCACAUGUCCAACUGUUGUAUGUUUUACUAUUUGCUCUUCUCUAACAAGGAACUGAAACACACGCGAAUGUGUGUCCUGCCUCUGUCAGUACCUCGCCUUUAGCAGAGAGCAGUGAUAUUCAACUCAAUUAUUUUAGAGGCCACAUUUCCAGAAGGCCAAAUACUUGGGGGCAGGACGUCUCCCUUCACUCUUAGUCUUAUGUUGUAUAUUCCAAAGAACCAGCGUCCUCUACAGUAGACAUUUGUUAUAGAAGCACUCUGCUUUUGCAAAAGAAGAUAAUCAAAUAUCCUCUCUAUGACAGCACUUUAGUGUUUUUGUUUUUUUUAAUUUGCUGCAACAAAGUGAGUCUCUCACAAAUAUUUUGAACUGAACUUGCAGGCCACCAGAUAAAUAACCCACAUGGUGAAAAAGAGAACCUUGAGGAACACUACUAGUAUAACUAAAGGAGUUGAACAAAUGACUACUGACUACAUCGGAAGUAAACAAGCUACAGCAACACUUUAGUUACAUGAAUCAUCAUUACUAAAAAAACAUGUGUAACUGUAAAAAAGAUUACUUAAAACGGUGCCUUGAGGAACACCUCAGUUAUGCAACUCACACAGACCCAAAUUUACUUCAAUGCGAGGAUCUGCCAAUGUCUUUAGAGUGGUCCAAGUUCAUCUAUUCAACAGGAGCACUCAUGUUUUUAGGAAUUUGACACAAAUGUUUGUCUCCCAGGUUUUCAACUCAACUCAAGGGUCGAUAUGGUGUCAUUCCUGGGCUAGAUUUGGGCUGCCAGUUGAAUAGCACUGGUUUGGAAUCAGUUUCAUUAGUAGGUUGCAAGAGAAACUACAAAAGUGCCAUGAUCAUUAAAAAAAUAUAUAUAUCGGCAGUAGCGAAUUGUGACAUUCAUCUUGUUGGAGUACAGUAAGUUGUGCAAAAAGUACUGAAAUAUUCAACAGUUGUACAAUGUUUGCAGAAAGAAAAUAUCCCAUGUUUUGUGACUAUUGUAUGUUUGUGAACCUGAAAAUUGUGGUCUCAAUUAUAAGUGGGGAAGCUGAUUGUUUCAUUCAGUGCCAACACGUAAUUAAAAAAGCCGGGAAUUAGGUUUGUAAAAUAAUUCAAAGAUUCACCACAAAGGCUUAUUUUCUUCUUUAAAUGUUUUGAUGUAAAUAAAUGGCAACACAUUGAAAAUAAGUAAAAAUAAUAAUGAAAAAAGUCUCCAAACUGAAUGAGCUUUUCAUGGCUUGCUGAGAGACAUGCAUCUACUGUAUGGCAGGUACUGUUGAAGCUAAAUAGGACGUUGAAGUGGGUCAAAAUGUAUUUAGAGCAUUCCCAACUGGGAAAGAUUGUGUGCUCCGAGCUUACAUAGUCAACGAAUGUAAAAAGCCGUAAAAACCUGACACUUCCCUCAGUUUGAAUCCUGUCACCAAGCUUUUGGAUGCUGUGUUUCCAUGGCAACCGCCUUGUGCUGGUAUCCUGGCGUGACUGUAGAGACUUUACUAAGAGGGCCUGUAAAGUAAACACUUGUUCUUUUGGAGUCAUUCAUGUACGUUGUUUGACAAUUAUAUUUAAAAAAAAAAAACUGUAUGGCUCAAAGAAGCUGUAAGCAAGUAUGCAUGUAAUUGACAAUAAAUUGUGAACUUGA